GCGCGCUUGCCGUCACUCCCAGCCCAGAGCCUGAGCCCUGGGAGCCGUAUCCCCCGAGGCACUCUCUUGCUUGUGCGGUUUCUUCUUUGCCGUCGAGCGCUUGCUCUCCGUCCUUCCGCCCUCUCCCCGAAGCGCUAGCCUCCACCUGUCCCGCGCGGUGCAGCCCAGGCCGGAGCGGCGAUGCGCCUCAUCCAGAACAUGUGCACCAUCGCCGAGUACCCCGCCGCGGGCAGUGCCGCCGCCGCCGAGUGCUGUCUGGGGGCCGCGGGCCGCCGGCUCGUCAAGAUCGCCGUGGUGGGGGCCAGCGGCGUGGGCAAGACCGCUCUGGUGGUCCGGUUCCUCACCAGGCGAUUCAUCGGAGACUAUGAAAGAAAUGCAGGUAAUCUCUACACCAGACAAGUCCAGAUAGAAGGUGAAAGCCUGGCGAUACAAGUUCAGGACACUCCAGGUAUUCAGGUCCAUGAAAAUGGCUUGAACUGCAAUGAGCAGUUGAAUCGGUGCAUCCGGUGGGCAGAUGCUGUGGUGAUUGUUUUUUCCAUCACUGACCACAAGAGCUAUGAACUCAUCAGCCAGCUCCACCAACACGUCCAGCAGCUCCACCUGGGCACUCGGCUGCCCAUGGUGCUCGUGGCUAACAAAGCUGACCUGUUGCACAUCAAGCAGGUUGACCCUCAGCUUGGACUGCAGCUGGCCAGCAUGCUGGGCUGCUCUUUCUAUGAAGUGUCUGUCAGCGAAAAUUACAAUGAUGUCUAUAACGCUUUCCACGUCCUGUGCAAAGAAGUGAGUCACAAACAGCAGCCCAGCAGCACGCCCGAGAAGCGAAGGACCUCUCUUAUUCCCCGGCCCAAGUCACCCAACAUGCAGGACCUGAAGAGAAGAUUCAAGCAAGCUCUCUCUGCCAAAGUGAGGACUGUCACCUCUGUUUGAAGUGUGACUACUCAAGGGGGUUUGGUCUUUGAGGAAGAGGCCUGGAGGUGCCUCUAGGUUGGGGACAUUGGAUGCUGGCAGUAGUUCAUGGCUCCAGAAAGGGCUGGAGCAGAAGGGCCCAGGGGCCUGUGGAACUGCUGCAGAAAAGGAAGCUGUGCGGAGCAGGGGGACAGAUGGAUGAGGCCUGAGAGAGCCCAUCAAGCCAUUGUGUACAUGUGACAUGUCUGUGUCUUGUCCUUAGAGUGGGGAAGAGGGCAGAUGUGUUUUGGUUUUUGUUCUCACCUGCCUUGUAAAUGAUGGUCAGCUGUAGUUUCAGCCAGAUAUAUUGGAAUGGUUUCUGGUGGGAAUGAAAGAACAGAUUUAAGUAUUCGCAGGCUUGCCUUUUUCCCUUCCCCCUUCUUUGUUUUCUCCUAAGAGGAAAAAUUGCUUUUCUCUUAUCCACAUGAUUCAUAUCUCUGGCAAACUAUUCCUUACAGAGUACCUUUCUAGCCUGAAGGAUACCCAGAUUUCUUUUUUCUUUCUUUUCUUUUUUUUUUUUUUUAAGAACAAGGAAAAAAAAAUCUCCCUCCCCUCAAAAGGACUCAAGUUCAUGGGCCAAAAUAUUCUGUACACAUACAGCUGCGAACUGUGGUCUGCAGGAGGCCCUGGCGCUCCUGACACAGGAUGGGGUGUUUAGUUGGACACGUGUUGAGUAGCUGGGAACUUAAACUCUUCAACCCCAGACUAAUUGUAAGACUGCAUAGUUCCUUGUAUUUUUGUUUUUUUAAUUGUUGGACCAGGUACAGAAAAACGUAUUAGUUGAUUUUGGUAUGAUUUGUGUAAAUGGCUUAUGACAAUGACGUUGGGUUGCUUCCUAGGCCUGGCUGAGUCAUGGCAAUGGGUGGCUAAAGUACAAGAACACUAUCUUACAGAGUGUCUAGAUGCAGGGGCUACCUGCCAAAUCCCCUACACAGAUGCACUUUAAAAAGCCACUUGUGCUUUGGCUUGAACUGUAAUUAAUUUAUUUUAUGUACAAUAAAUUUCAUUUUAAAAGAGCA